AUUACAUAAAACUUGACACUAAAUUUUUAGCAUUAAUUAAUUUCUUGAGAAAUUGGUUUUCGUAACAAAAUGCUAAGGGAUUGCGUUUUAUUCUUCAUUACAACUUGUGGAAUUUUCGCGUAUCCCAACACUAAAAACACUUAUGAUAUAAUGCUAACAGCGAAAACAGAAUCGGAUGAUGAAUAUUGGUGUAACUCAAAGAACGUUGAAAAUGAAACAUUGUAUAUAACUGGAUUCAAGCCUGAAUACGAACCUGAACUUGUACAUCAUAUGAUUUUAUUCGCAUGUGAGGAGCCAGGAAGCUCAGAACGUUUAUGGAAAUGUGGUAUGACGUCAGAUAACGAAAUGUCUGUAUGUCAAGGAACUGAGUCAAUUAUAUAUUCUUGGGCAAUGGGAGCUCCAUCUUUUGAAAUGCCAAAAGACGUAUCAUUUAAAGUUGGUCGUGGAACACCAAAUAAAUAUUUAGUAUUACAAGUUCAUUACAAAAAUGCAAUGAACGAAGAGAUAACCGAUGACGAUGGAAGUGGUUUCAAAAUGACGACUCAGUCUACACCUACUGAAAAAUUAGCUGGAGUUAUUGUAUUAGUUAGUAAUGAAGAUAUUGGACCUAGUCAAGUAGCUAGUCUGAAUAUGGCAUUUUCAUACACAGGCAAUGCUACAUUACAUCCGUUCGCUUACCGAGUUCAUACUCACAAACAUGGUGUUCUAUGUGAAGGUUAUGUUAUUGAUGGAGAUAAAAGAUAUCUCAUUGGAUCUAAAUCACCACAAGUUCAUCAAACAUUCUAUCCAGUGGAGAAUAAAUCAUUGGAAAUACACAACGAAAAUAUACUUGCGGCAAAGUGUGUAUUUGAAAAUAAAGAGAGUAGAAUAAUCCGAAUAGGUAAUACACAAAACGAUGAAAUGUGUAACUUUUACAUUAUGUAUUGGGUCACCAAAGACAAUGAACAACAAUUAUAUGAUAAAAAUAAUCAAAUUUAUGUGGGUGACUCUUCGGAAUUCGAUAGACUAUUUCAAGAGCUUCGUGGAAAAUUAUUUGACGAUCCAUUCUUCUCAGACUUUGAAUUUCCCAACCACAGCCUGGAUGACAUUUUCGAUGAUGAUUUUACUGAUGACAGAAUUGUUGAUCGGUUAAUCGAAUGAUGAAUAAACGUUUAAUGUUCUCGUUCACAAUACGAACCAACUAACUUUACAAAUAGUUUUUUUUGUGUGUGUGUAUGUGUGUAUGCACGCAUGAUUUUGUCUACGUUUUGAAAAUGUGUGUGAUUUGCACAAUUGUUAUUUGUUUUCAUACUUUUUGAUGUUUUUCAUUUUGAACUAAUUUUUUUCUUGAACAUUUUUCUGUGAUUGUUGUGUUUGUUUUCACACUAAAGUUUAUGUUGUUGUUUGAUUUUCUUUCGGUAAUUCAAUGCUUUCAAUUCUGUUUGUUAUGUAUCUUCAAAGAAAGAAGACAAACAGACAUUCUAUUAUGAAUUUUCUUUAAAACGAAAUAUUUUAUUUCAAAAUAAGAUUAUUACAAAAUAAUGAUACUGCAAAAUUAAAAUCUACUUAUUUGGUUAA